CAAGUAGCAUAUGGCACGGUGAGGAAACUGAAUACCUGAAAGCUCACACCUCUGCUCAACAUACUGGGGUCUUCAGCUGAAAAAGCUCAUUGACUAUGACCCCUAUGGCACGUGAGUCCAUCUAUUUCAGCAGGUCAGCCUCAGUGUGUACCAAGGACUUUAACUAGGUCAACUGUGACGUGAUAGUGUAAUGCAAUUCUCAAAAUGUUAAAUGAAUUUUCAACUUAAUAAUGUGUUUAUAUCUAAUUGCACAAGAUGCCAAAGAUGUUAAUAGGACUAUUAAGUUUCUUGAAUUUCUAAUAAGAAGACAAUGUUUUCAGUCACCACUUAUAUGAUGAUGUUAUUCUAAACAUUAAAAAUAGCUGAAACUCAGCAGAUUUUUUGAGCGCAGACAGCGCAUGGAGAAAGCCAGGGGAGCUACAAAGAGCAGUCUGUCUGCGCAUGUGGAGACGUCACUCGCGGGCGUGGCCAAUAAGGGGGGACCGCACCUUCGAGCUGCCACCAAUAGCGUGAAGACGCCGGCUUCCUUCGGAAGCAGAUGGCAGCCGAUAUAUAGCCCUCAGACUCAGCUGACGCAAUACUGGAUGAAGAUAACACAAGGAGUGAGCAUCACUAUACACGCGUUCAGCGGGGAUUUAUUUAACAGAGUUUUACACAAACCGAUACCAGUAUGCCUGUGAUCAGAAGCCUCAGCAGAGUGGCCAAGCAGGCCCUGCUCAGCUCCCCGACCUGUGGCUGUCAGCCUCUGGCCAUUGCAGUUCGAAACAUCAGCUUCUCUCCUCGCCAAGUGACUUCUGAUGCCAGCUUUCACUCCGUGUCAUUCUCAGAGACUGACCAUCCAAAGGUGCUCAUUACAGGUGGCCUGGGACAACUUGGGGUUGGACUGGCCAAACUCCUAAGAAAAAGAUAUGGGAAGAAUAAUGUAAUUCUGUCAGACAUCAGGAAACCCCCAAGCAACGUCUUUCACAGUGGGCCUUUUAUCUAUUCUGAUAUUCUGGACUACAAAAACCUGCGCGAAAUAGUGGUGAACAACCGCAUCACAUGGCUGGUUCACUACAGCGCUCUGCUCAGUGCUGUGGGUGAGGCCAAUGUGGCGCUGGCUCGCUCUGUCAACAUUACUGGACUGCAUAACAUUUUGGAUAUUGCUGCUGAGCAUGGCCUGCGCCUCUUCGUGCCCAGCACCAUUGGAGCAUUUGGACCCACCUCUCCCCGUAACCCCACACCUGACCUGUGUGUACAGAGACCACGCACCAUCUAUGGAGUCUCCAAAGUGCAUGCUGAGCUCAUGGGAGAGUACUACCACCAUCGCUAUGGCCUGGACUUCCGCUGCCUGCGUUACCCAGGGAUCAUCUCUGCUGACUCCAUGCCAGGCGGAGGCACAACAGAUUAUGCUGUGCAGAUUUUCCACGAUGCAAUCAAAUCCGGUAAAUUUGAAUGCAACCUGAGACCAGACACACGGCUGCCUAUGAUGUACAUUGACGACUGCCUACGUGCCACACUGGAGGUAAUGGAGGCUCCAGCUGACACUCUGAGUAUGAGGACAUAUAACAUCAAUGCCAUGAGCUUCACUCCUGAGGAACUGGCCCAGGAGCUGCAGAAACAGAUGCCUGAACUAGAGGUUACAUAUGACGUGGACCCUGUCCGGCAAGCUAUUGCUGACAGUUGGCCAAUGAACUUUGAUGACUCCAAUGCACGAAAUGACUGGGGCUGGAAACACGACUACGACCUCCCGGAGCUGGUGCAGACCAUGCUCAACUUCUUUGCAACAGAAAGACGCAUGGCUCAGAUCAACUGAGUUCAAACUGCUCCUUCUGAGAGUUGUACAUAUGUAAAGACUGACCAAAGAGAAUAGAUAAAAUGGCCUGUACAUAGUGGUUCACCUACAUCUCUGUGCAAACCAGUAAUGGCUUUUGCCUGCUGUGUCAUCAGAAUGUAAUGGUCAAAACGGGGUAGAAACUUGACUCCUCUCAAUUUAGCAGUGUUUUUUGCACUCUUAACCCCGUGUCUUUCUUAAGAGUUGGGUGAAUCAAACGGCGUUUCUCAAUUGCCAGGAUCUUUGACGAUUUCAUUUCACUUUAUUUAAGCAGUAAAAUGAAUUUUAAUAAAAUGAAAGUCUGAAAGUCACCACACAAUUAAAAAAAAACUAAAUAUUUUGCUAUUUUAGCCACAACAUUGCAGACAGAACUAUUAUCAGAUUGAAUGAAUUCAAACCAGGACAAAUGCAGCAAAUUGAGGGAAAUAUUUUUCAGAAGGGGAUUAGAGAUAAAACGAUCAUCUGAAGAUGUUUUAAUCUGUGCAUCUAUUUACUUAAUUAUCAGCCUAAGUAACUUGAUAAUAGAUACUUGGCCUUCAUUGUUCACCUGACUGUUGACACAUAAAGACACAUCUGAGUACUUCUCAUUUGUAGAAACAUUCAUUUCCACCGCAAUUUAUCUGGUCAUGUGACAGAGUGUAGUCGUUCUCUCCUUAGCCUGUUCCACAUGAGCUGCAGGCGGUGAGUAGGACACUUGGUGCUAGGGUUAGGUGGUCUUUGCAGAAAGGAUCCUGGGAAUUGAGAAACACCCAAAGUCUGUUACCAGUCUUAUGUGGUGUCAAUGUGACCUACAAUGCUGAGAUUUUGUUAUGGGAACUGUUAAAAGAAGAAGGUUACUGGGGAAAUCUAAAACAAUCAUAAUGAGUAUUGUCAUUCAUUCCUAAACGUCUUGAAUGGAGUAGUAAAACUGAUAUGCAAAAUGUCACCUUUGAUGCACUUUAAAUCAUUUUGCAGCAUCAUGAUUCAGGCAAAAAAUCUGCUGCUUGGGCAGUUUCUGACAUAGUGCAUCUGUGUAUAUGAGAAGUGCAGAGCAAAAAAUUCUUCUCUUUAUUCCAUGAUUUUAUUUAUUCUGUCUGUCUGAUAUGUGUGGGGACAAUUUCUUAGUUGUAAUGUCCCUGUCUGUUUUUGUUAUUUGAAGGUUUUCAUGUGAACUUAUUUGAAAGCAAAAUGAGAAUGUGAUCUUACCUGUGAUCUUAACUGUCAUCUCGCUCUACAAUCAGCAACUCCUCUGUGUUAACAUAAUGUAUUUAAGGUUUGGCAGGUUUGGAAUCUCAAGCUUUGACAAUAAAACCUUUUUGAACUA